AUGCAGAUUUCCAGCGCACUGACUCUGAUCGGGCUCCUGGUGGGCCAAACAGUUGCCCAUGGGUUGCCUACACUAAUAUGUGAUGGAAACGGCACAUGUAUGCCUGGCUUGACAGUCAUGGAUGGCGUGCCGCGUGACUGUCCCUCGGCAGCCUGUGGCGCGCAGAAGGACACCUCCAUUAUGAGAGACGAUGAGAUGGAUGGCAGCAAAGCCUCCGCACUCGGCCGGACCAACGGCGGUGGCCCUGUUGAUCCUGCUACCGUUAUAAGUGCUUACAUGGGGUUGGAUAAUAGCAACAGCAAGCGUGGACUUCUUGCGCGCGGACUUCUUGCGAUGGCUCGUCUACGUCGCGAUAUAACCAACGACAUAGCGAGUGCUUUUACCAAUGCUGGUGGCACGAUUCUUAACGGCCUGCAGGACUUUGCUAGCGGCGGCAAUAUCGGAAUUGUCAAGGAAAGUGGGAACCAAAAGUAUGCCGGCCAAGGCGCCUCUAAAGGUCUUCCUAUUCCCAACGAGAAUGGCAUAAUCACCGUGAAUCAAGAUGGCGCGGGUCCCUUGGUAGCCGAUGUCGACUUUACGAGUGGCGGAAACGACCCAGGCGCCUUUGAGCCGGCUACAGUUGUCAAGAAUAUACAGGGAGUUGCUGGCUUCUCCACCUCGAGCGCGAAGGACUACGAAAUCCAGAUUCAAGUGCCUAACAAGAAGUGCCAUGGAACCGUUCGGUCCGUUCCGAAUGUCUGCGUUUGCCGCAUUCGCAACCAGGCUAUUUCGGGACCUUUCGGUGGCGCGGUGGCUUUUACUAACUAA